UGAAUUAAAAAAUUAAAAUGAAAUUUUUUUUCCCUGAAAGUUUGGGCCAAAAACAUGGGCGUGCAUUACACUUGGCACAAGAACAGUAUUUACAAUAGGCAAGAUCUGGAAACAGCCCAAGUGCUCAUCAGUAGAGGAGUGGAUAAAAAGCUGUUGUACAUUUAUAUGGUGGAAUACUAUGUGUCUUUAAAAAAAGGGAAAGGAUUUAAUACAGGGAAUUAGAUGCUUAAAAUGCCUAGACUAGAAGCAGAUUCUCAUCUGGGCCUUUAAGGAAAACUCCCAGGACUGGUGAAAGCAGAACUUUCAGGUCAUUUCUAACUCUUGAGGCCUCACCAUGGGCCAUGUGUUCAAGAAUCCAUCUGUGCCCCCUAGAUUUAGUCAAGAAAUACCUAUACCUACCACAGCUGCUCAGUUGUCUGGAGCAAGUAGUGCAGGGGAAACAUCUUCCUAUGACUUCUCUUGUAAUCAGGAACAUCAGAUUCAUUGGAAACUCACGUUCCCAAUGCAUUCAUUGGGAAGAAUGCAUCUACCUGGCAGGUGGGACUGUAGCUGAAAGAAGUCAGAAAAUAUUUUUCUUUUAAGAUUCUCAGCCUCUCUACAAAGUGUAAGGGGAUGAGACAAUCUACAGUUUCUAGUAUAGGCAUCAAAACAGACAUUAAAAUAUCAUUAAUGAAAAUUUGUUAAAACAAUACAAAGAGUUAUAAACACUUAAAACAAUAGUGGUGACACUGGAGAGAACACAGACACAGCUCAUUGAUUGGUGAAAUGGAGUCAUUUGAGUUUCAUAAUGGGUCUUGCUGUAUUAUGAGCCCGUGGAGCUGAGGGACUGAAUAUAUGCUGUUUCUCAAGUGAGAAAUAUAAUGAACAGAUUAAUAUUGGUCUCUAUCAUGUCCACAACCCCUUCCUUCCUACACCAGUAUAAUUUCAGUCUGGAAAUAUUGGUAUUGUCAAAGGUUUUCAUUUUUACCUGUUGGGUGUGUAAUGAUGUCUCAUUUUGGUUUAAUUUGCAUUACCCUGAUAAUUAUAAUUGAGUUAUAAAAGUUACUUAUAAUGCAAUUCUUUUAUAAUAUACAUGCAUUGAGAAUAUUUCUGCUAGCCUGAUUUUAUUUUCAUAUUUCAUUUUUUCUGUAUGAUAUCUUUGAAUGAACAGGUGCUUUAAAUUUUGAUAAGGUCAAAAUUGUCAGUGUUUUUUUAUUUCUUGACAUUUUAGUAUCCUAAAAUAUUUGCUCGAAUAUCAGUAUUUCAAAAAUACUCUGUUUUAGUCUAUAAACUGUAUAUCCUUGUAUUUAUGACUGAUUCAUUGGGAAUUAAUUUUUUAAAUGGUGUGAAAUCUGGGUCAGGGUUCAUUUUAUUUUUCUAAUGGAUAACCAGGCUAACACCAUUUGUUGAAAGAACUGUUGUUUCUUCAAUAAAUUACCUUAGCAACUUUGCAAAAAAAUUAGUUAACCAUAUGAAAGUGGGUCUGUUUCUAAACUCUGUGCUAUAUAUCUGUUUGCCCAUCCUUACACUCAUAAAGUAGAUGAGAAUAUCUUCAAAUCAGGUAAGUCCUUGAAGCAUGAGAAUUUCUAUUAAAAAAUCUAGGAUUUUAACCAGAAUAUAGUAAAUCUAGAACUUGAUUAGAGAAGAAUAGACAAUCUUAAAAAUAUUCAGUCUUCCAAUCUGUGAGCCUAACACAUCUGUUCAUUUCCUUAUGUUUAAUUUUCUUCAGUAUUUUAGUUUCAGCAUGGAGACAUAACUCUUUGAAAUCUAUCUCAAAAUAGCUAAUAUUUUCCUACUAUAGUAAAUGGUACUUUUGAAAAUUUUGUCUUUCAAUGAUGGCAUUGCUUGUAUAUGGAGUAUGAUUACUUUUUGUAUAUUGAAUUUAGAGGCCAAGAACAUGCUAAACUCAUGGAGUUUGUGAUAUUUUUUUUGUAGAUUCCUUAGGAUUUAAAAAAAUUCUGUAGGUAUAAAAUUGUUCAUAAUGUCCCUAUGUUAAACUUUUAAUGUCUGAAUAAUAUACAGUAAUAAUCCCUUUUUUUAUUCUUGUUUUCAGAGAUUUGUGUUUUGCUUUUCUGGAUCACAUUAAAUUAGAGGUUUAUCAAUUCUGUUUUAAAGAAUGGUUGGGGGGGCCAGAAAAUGAAUGGCAGUAAGGUAGGUGGGAGCUGAACCCACUUCCUUCUGCACCCAACUGAGACAUCUAGCCUAUGUCCUGAGGAACAGAGUGAACAACCAACAGAAUUCUAGCUAAGAAGUUGGGAGGCCAAAGGUUACAAGUUGCUUAAAAACAGAUGGUAUGAAGAUUUUGUAGGCCGACCGGACAGUCCCCAGGCCCUAGCCUGGAGACUGAGGCUGCGAUGGCAGGUGUAGGGGAGAGCCUUGGUCAGUGGUUGUGACUUUGCAGCAGCCUCCCCUACCAAAGCAGGGAGUUGGAAGACUUGCGCUAGGAGAGACCUGGAAGCUUAAAGUUGUUGGAAGGGAUAAAGAUGCAGUAAGAGACACACAGCUGGUGGUGUAUUCCAGCUGAGACUGUGGUCCCAACUGGGCCAAUACCACAGAAAUUGGGGAGCCGGGUGACACCUGGAAGUGGGAAAAGAGCUGAGACUGGCUGUGACCCAGAUAGUCUCUGGACUAGUCAGAGUUGGUUUGUGUAGAAAGCCGAGAGCUUGAUAGGAAUGUCCUGCCACCGCAAACAAGGGGAAUUCACACACAAAAAAGGCUCUCGGCCACUGUGCAAGGACCUCUCACACUAAGCUGCCAGGCAAGUGAAGAGGGAGGAGGAGGGGUGUGAUUUGCUCCCACCAAGAGCACCUCAUUGAUCUGAGAAGGGUACCAGGGGCUCAGAGAGGUAGCAGCACCCAGAGAGACUUAAUUCAAUAUGAGAACCUAAUUGUCCUGAAGUGACUUUGUGCUUGGAGGCCCAGGCCAACAAAGAGGGAAAAGAAAGGGUGCAAUUUGCACCCAUUCAGUAUACCUCAUGGACUAAUCAAAGGGUUGCACAAUGAGGUGGAUUAGACACCUGGCCAGACACACAUACACAGUGGACAGUGUGGGUCACACAAUGCUCUGAGGGCAUGGGCUUGAAACUGAGCACCCAUAUAUAUUGUACCUACCACACUGGUACUUACCACCAGCUCUUCUACCCUAAGCAGCUGAUCACAGGAAAGGAAGAUGCUGCCAAUAACUAUGCCUAUGAACACUAUACCACUGGCAAGAAGAUCAUUGACCUUGUCCUGGACCGAAUUCGGAAACUGGCUGAACAGUGCACAGAUCUUCAGAGCUUCUUGGUUUUCCAUAGCUCUGGUGAAGGAACUGGUUCCGGGUUCACCUCCCUGCUGAUGAAGCAUCUCUUUGUCAAUUAUGGCAAGAAGUCCACGCUGGAGUUCUCCAUUUACCCAGCCCUCCCAGGUUUCCAUAGCUGUAGUGGAGCUCUGCAACUCCAUCCUUACCACCCACCACUGUGGAGCACUCUUGAUUGUGCCUUCAUGGGUGACGACAAGGCCAUCUAUGACCAGACUGUGUCUUCCACCACCGCUUCUCUCAGGUUUGAUAGAGCCCUGAAUGCUCUGAUUGAAUUCCAGACCAACCUGGUGCCCUAUCCCUGCAUCCACUUCCCUCUGGCCACAUACACCUCUGCUGAGAAAAUCUACCACGAACAGCAUUCUGUAGCAGAGAUCACCAAUGUGUGCUUUGAGCCAGCAAACCAGAUGGUGAAAUGUGACCCUCACCAUGGUAAAAGAUGUCAGUGCUGCCAAUGCCACCAUUAAGACCAAGCAUACCAUCCAGUUUGUGGACUGUGCCCCACAGGCUUCAAAGUUGGCAUUAAUUACCAGCCUUCCUCUGUGGUGAGCAACACAACUACUGCUGAGGUGUGGGCUCGCCUGGACAAGUUUGACCAAGCAUGUCUUUGUCCACUGGUAUGUGGGUGAGGGCAUGGAGAAUUUUCUGAGGCCUGUGAGGUCAUGGGUGUCCUAGAGAAGAAUUAUGAGGUUGGCAUGGAUUCUGUUGGAGAGGGCGAGGAAAAAAGAGGAAUACUAAGUUAAAAUGUUACAACGGUGUUGCUUUUAUAGGGGAACUUACUGUUUUAUACACUAAAAAGUUGUGGUCUGAUCAGUUGAUUUGUAUGUAGCCGUGUAUAGUUGUAUACAAUUACUGGCCUAUGCUUUAAAACAUGAGGCUUUGUUACAGACCCAACCAGUUCAUUUCUGACAGGUAUGCAUAAAGUAUUCCCUGUCUUAAAAAAAAUAAAAAGUACAAAUAGGUAAUCACAGAAUAUCCACAGGGGUGUAAAAUACAGUAUAGGAAGUGGAAUAGCCAAAGAACCUACACACGAUGCAUGGACAUGAAUAAUGGUGUGAGGAUUGACUGAGGGAAUGGGGUUACUAGGUGGAAGGUGGGGCAGAGGGGCAAAAAUUGGGACAACUGUAAUAGCACAAUCAAUAAAAUAUAAUUAAAAAUAAUAAAACAUUGAAAAAAGAAGCUAUUAUAGUACAAAUUUCUGUAGUGGCUUCUUGGCACAGCUUCCUCCAUCUGGCACCCUACUCACCAAACUCCAGCAGUAACUUAGACACUGCCCUUCAAAUGUGUGAGUUAGCCACAGGCAGAGUCCAGAUUGUACACCUCACCCCU